GUCCUCAUCAUCGUUCUCCGACAAGCACAGCGACAGAACACCGGCCUUCGAGUGGGCGAGCCGAAAGGCCUUGGGAUCGACGGCCUCGACGUUUCUCGGCAAGUCAGCGGGGGGUCUGACCUCGCCCAAUUCCCUCCUCCCCUGCCUUCCGGCGAGGAAGAAUUGACCCGGGAGCACCUUGUGGACGAGGGUGUUCUUGUAGGAAGACGAAUUGACCAUGGAUUUGAAAUUGGAGACGGUAGUGGGAACCAAGUGGCCGUAGAGGCCGAGGACAAGGCGGCCGAGGAGGAACGGCUCGGUGCAGAGCGUGGCGACAGUGUCGGAGACGGUGCGGUCAGGUUUGGAGUAGGCCGGGCAGAUGGAGAAGUCCAUGAAGAUUCUGUCGGUCACCGUGGUGUCUGGUGGAGGCGGCGACGGUGGAGGAAGGGUGAUGGAGGAGAGGGAGGUGGAGAGGAGGAGGGAGCGGCGGGUGAAUGCGACGGAGGAUGGGAGGAGGUUCGGCGGCGCCGGCGGAGGGAUGAGAGGGAAAGCCAUGGCGGUAGUGAAGUGGUGGGAACGGCAUCGUUUUUUAAUGUAAUGGCGGGAGACGGAUGGUCCACGUAUCUGGAUAAAAGCAGAUGACGUGGAUGGUCUUCGAUCGAACGACGACGUUUCACCCAUUGCCUUGGCAACUUAAAAAAGAGACCGGACAAAAAACGAAGACAAGAGGCAAGGGGCGGCCUACCGGAUGCAAGAGCACUGGCUGCACCUCUAGAGCGGGAAACCAAGACCA